UUAGUACAGGCAAUAAUGAACCACCACAAACAAGUAAAGAAGAAAAUGAAAACUUACCUUUAUCAAGUAACUGGUCAGCUAGAAAGAUCAAAUGCACAAGUGAAAUAUCCAACAAUAAGAUCGUUAAAAGGUUAUCUAAUAGAUCUAACAAUGCUAAUGCAAAGAAUCAAU